CAGUCAAAAGAGGAUGUUGAGGCUCAUGCUCUGAGAACCCCACGGGUGAGAAGGACAGCUCUGCUGUAGCAAAAAGGUCCAAAAUUCAGCUGCUACUAGGAAAGAAUUGUUGUGCGAGGAUUCAUCAGCUGAUGCUUGGAUACAUGGAAAAGAUAAAUGAUGGUGAGGGCCACCCAAGCAGCAGCCACCAAACCUUGAAAGGAACCUCGAAAUGGGCCACAUCCCUGGAGAACCUCCUCGAAGACCCGGAAGGAGUGAAACGGUUUAGGGAAUUCUUAAAGAAAGAAUUUAGUGAAGAAAAUGUUUUGUUCUGGUUAGCAUGUGAAGAAUUUAAGAAAACACAGGGAAAAAAGCAGAUGCAGGAAAAAGCUAAAGAGAUUUACAUGACUUUCCUGUCCAGCAAAGCUUCCUCCCAAGUUAAUGUUGAAGGGCAGUCCCGUUUGAGUGAGACCAUCCUGGAGACACCUCACCCUCUCAUGUUUCAGAAGCUCCAGGACCAGAUAUUCAAUCUCAUGAAAUAUGACAGCUACAGCCGCUUCCUGAAGUCAGACAUAUUCCUAAACCAUAAGAAGAGCGAGGAGCAAGAGGAGAACUCAGCAGAGGCUCAGACUGCAGCUAAAAGAGCAUCAAGAAUUUACAACACAUGAGACACAACGGAUCUCUUCAGGAGAGGCAAUACAAUAAGGAAAUUACACUCAGGAACAGUCUAGGUUUAUAGCAGUUGCAUUUAGGGCUUGGAAAGCUCAAAACCUUUUUAGGAGAUACUUACCUUCUUAAUUGCUUGAAUGACUAAUUGUUUUUGCAUGAUAGCUAUUAACCAAGCACCCAUGGAAGGACUGUUUCCCAGCUAAAAGGCUGAGGUAUUCCUCCAUAGCAUGAAUUGCCUUUCAUAUUUCACAGGUUAAAAUGCUUUCAAUUCUUGUGUUUUCUUUUGUGAGGCAUUUUGGUGAUGAGAAAUUGGAGAUAGCGUGGCUGGGUUUUCAUUUUCGCCUUGUAAUUUUUAUUUGGGACUAGCUUUUACAUCCUGAACUUCUGGGAGAAGCAGUUGAGGAGUACAUUUCAGAGUAGUUUGUGGGUGAGUCAUUCAUAGCAAAUUUAAUCAUAAAGGGACAGCGUCUUUCAGGGUUAAGCUCAGCAGAAUCCAAUCACUUCCUGUGUGACUUUGUUCUUUCAGGGUGAUGUCUGUUUUGCUUUGCCUUUAUUGCUGAAUCAAAACACUUCCCCAGUCAUGAUUUUCAUUUUUGUAUCUCCUGAAUUUCCCCCUUUAUUUUAUUUUAAUUUUUUUGCAGUAGACAAUCACCUUCUUCAGAGGCUGGGAUAACUUCUAUUCCCUUAGGAACAGAGGCUCUAAAAGAGACAAUCUCUGAAGAACUCCUAACUGCCAUUAGGAAAUGUGACAGUGAAUAAGUAAAUAUCCCUCUCAGGGCACACUGAUCUCAGCAAAGCUUGGCUUUGUCCCUCAUGCCAGUGUGACAUCAGAUGCUGCUAUCAGGAAGCAUCUGGUCUCUCCCAGAUCUCCUGAACAAUCCUGCUCUGUGCAGCCACAGUGCUUUGGCAAAGGACCAACAAACCAAAUCUGGUUUUGUUUUACUCAAUUUUUUUCUGCUAAAAUCGCCCUGCCGGGUUUUGUUUGCCCCACUCAAAUAUUUCAGGGUUUCCUAAUUGUGAUUUUGGAGAGCUGCAGUGGAACAUGGAGUUGGUUUUGGGGUUCAGCCACUCUCACAUCAAGCUUGAGAGCAAGGGGAAUUUAUUUCUGCCCUGUGCAACCAAAGGUUGGUAAUGAAAGGCAUUCCCAAUGCGCAUUCCAUGUUGUCCUGGGAAUGUGUCAGCACUGCAAAGCACAUUUUGGCAUUGAGUUUUUCACGUGUUCAUAUAUUUUUUGAUUAAUUCACUGCAGUGUUACUAAAUUGCAUUUUAAGCUGGGAAAGUGUAUUAGCUACUUGCUCUGUUUAGAAGCUUCACAGCUGUAGUCUGGCUGUUUCCCACUCAUUAUUUACUCUUCCAUUUUUUGCACUGCUUGUCUUGAACUUUUGUUUAUGUGCUGGGUAAUCUAAGUGCACAGUUAGCUUUUGAACAUUUUGUACUUACUUUUUUUUUUGGUCAGAAAUGCCAGAUAUGUUUCAUACAUUGCUGUCACUAUCAAUGUUUAAAAUCUAAGUCUAGUUUGUCAUUUUUAGAAUGCAAACUCACUUGGUAGACUUGAUUAUUUCUUUUAACUCUGAGCUGCUCUUGCAGGUGUUGUGUAAAGGAAAAUUGUUUCCAUGGGCUUUUCCCUAGUUGAAAGUGGGGAUGGAAGUUCUGAUUGUUCCCCUAGAGCUCCAUGCCCUGUUCAUUUUUAGGAAAUCAAAGGAGAGGUCAGUGCCUCCAUAUGCACGUUGUAAGGUGUAAUUCUUAUGCACUGAGUUAAUGUUCUUUUUAUGCUCUCGAAAGAUUUAAUGGUGAAGUCAUAUUACUUCAGGCACUUUCAGUGGUAUUUGAUCUCAUGCUUAAGCUGUAUUUCAAUGUUUUACUGAAUAAGAAUGAACUAAACGUGCAUGAAUCUUACUUUUUUUUUUUUUCUUUCCUCUGAUGGGGCCUAGGAAAUGGGACCAUUCAGUUCUGGACUUGCUUACUAUUUGUAAUCUCAGGAUUGCCUCUUUUGAAAAUCCACUGUAAUAACAAACUCUUAAUGCCUGCCACAGCAGAGGACAGAACUUCUGAUAGCAUUGAAGCCCUUGGGAGUGGGCAGCUUAACCAGUUUAGGACUUGGGAUUUGUAUUUUCCUGGUGUUUGCUACAUUAGUCUUAGUGAUAUUGAAAAAUUCAGCAUGGGGACAUUAAUGAGAAAAAUGCAGAACAAGCUCUUACCACAUUCAUCACAUGGAUGCACAGUAGAUUCAUUUUUAAUCAUAUUGAUUUUAAAAAUGCAUGAGCAAAGGAGAAGAGUCUUUGUCUAUCAUGUUUUAAAAUGGUAAUAAUAGAAAAUAAAGCCAGGAGCCGUAUGAACAAAGGUCGGCUGUUAAAGAGAGAAAAUAAGUUUGCAGCUGCUUAUGAACAACACUUUCCUUGGCAAUAUGUUCCCUAUCAGGUACUGCCUUUGCUUGCUCAGAGCAAAUGCCCCACAUGAGGAGACACAAAGGUGCUUACACUACCACGAGACAAAAGUUACUGAAAUGAAAAUGUAUGUUUUAGCAGCAUCUCUAAUCCUAUGAUGUUUACUUCAAUACCUAUUAUGUUUCUAACCUAAUGGACCUUAACCCACAAAAUUCUUAAUCUUUGAGUUGCUCUUUUACCUCAGAGGCAAAAAGCUGAUUACACCAUUCUCUUUGUGGUGCCUGGGUUUGUUUGAUUUCUCUACAACACCAACAAGCAGGCUUGCAAUAUGCAGAAAGCAAAGAUGUUUUUUCCUAUUCAUUGGAUUAUCUGUAUUUUUCAGUAAAAGGGCAAUGAAAUUAAAACCAUGCAAGCAGAUGUCUAUAACUGCAAUUUGUGUAUAUGUGGGGAGAGUUGGUAUUAUUACAAACUUGCUUCUGAAAAUAGGUGGCACUUGUUCUACGUGGCACAGAGCAAAUCACACAGAAAAAGAACUGUUUCCCUAGGAAUAAAUCCUUCAUUCCAGGAACAGCUGUAAACAUUGCAUCCAACCUCUGGCUGUAAAUGGGUGCUCAGAGUUGCUUUAUGUAGAGAUUAAAGAUAGGAUCUACUCUUCAUAGAACUUACACUGAAGGUAUGAGCACACAAAACAAGCAAGAGAAGUUUCGUGCCUGAUUGCAUGCCUUAAACUGCCCUAUUUUGUGUUUCUCAGCUAAAAAAUAAAAAUAUUCUACAAAUACACCAAA